AUGUCCAUCAACAGUGUCACAUUCUGCGUAUCCAAUGAAGUGGCAUUACCGUUGCAGAUAAAAAUCGACUCUUUAGAGGGAUCAAAACCCUUAUUAAGGGCUUCUCAAAAGCUCACAGAACCCUCACUAACGCAGAGGACAUCAGACGUAGUUCCAAACAGUGACAUGUUUGUUUCGGUGCAGGUGUUUGACAGCGAGAGACGAAGAAAUCUGACUAUUCCUGUUUAUACGCCUUACAUUCCUUUCAAGAAUCUUCGAAAAUGGGACGUUUGGUUGACACUCCCAAUUACGCUCGAACAACUGACGUCGCAUAGCAUGCUCAACAUCGUACUUUGGGAAUUUAACGGUGAUAAAGAGGUGGAAUUCUUCUCUCUGGAGACCCCGCUGUUUGAUGAAAACAGUCGAACUUUGAAGAGGGGGAUAGAGUCGAUCAGGUUUCGAUAUGAUGACCCUGAUAGUGGUACAGUUGAGACUAGCGACGUCCAAGAGCUGAUAAACAAACAUAAACAAGGUGACAUAAAGCCAGUUCCAUGGUUGGAUGAGAUCACAUUUCAACAAUUAAGCAAAAGCAGUAAGAAACGAAAACUACCACAAGGUGUUUUUGUGCUAAACAUCGAGUAUCCGCUAUUUGACCUUCCUGUCGUGUUUUCCGAGAAUCAUGCUAGUAAUGUCCAAGAAAAAAUCCCCACGUAUCAUAAUUUUGACAUGAACAACGACGUACAAAUCUCACGUCACGAACUUCAGGCUAAGAUUUCGUUGGGCAGCGCUGUAGACUCUACUUUGAAGUUUUACGACCCCGAUCAGUUCUGUGCGGAUCCCAUUGAGGAGAAGUACAGACGUCUAGAAAGAGCCACGACUAAUGCUAGCCUUGACAAGGAGCUCAAACCCGAUGCAAAGAAGCGCGACGCCCUGAAUAAAAUUAUAUCAUACCCACCUGGCAGUGAUUUAACGGCUCAUGAAAAGGGACUAGUCUGGAAGUAUCGCUACUACCUGAUGAAUAACAAAAAAGCUCUGACCAAGCUUUUGCAGAGUACCAAUCUCACAGAGGAAAGCGAGCGAAAAGAGGUUUUGGAACUAGUGGAUUCAUGGGCAGAAAUAGACAUCGAAGACGCCAUUGAGCUCCUACGGUCUGCCUACAAAAACUUGUCUCUGCGGUCGUAUGCCGUAAACAGGCUUAAAAAGGCGUCAGACAAUGAGUUGGAACUGUACCUCCUGCAGUUGGUACAAGCGGUCUGCUUUGAAAGCGCCUCACCGCUUUCGGACAAUUCAGCAAGUGAGUUCACGAUUGUUGAUGUCGCACAAAGCGCGGCUGCUGCACCGCCGUCUUCAAAAUUUGAUCACAACAAUGGAACAGGUUCAAUCAACGACAUCGACAGUUCAACCAUGGGACAAAGCUCAAUUCUCAUAUCUCCGCUUGCCGAAUUUCUGAUACGAAGAGCCAUAGUUAACUCCAGACUUGGAAAUUUCUUCUACUGGUACUUGAAAUCCGAAUCCGAGGGAAAUCAAUAUUUGACUCAUAUCCUGGACAGCUUUGUGAGUCGUCUGCCGAGUGACAAACGUGAAAAGCUCAAGAAACAGACCUUUUUAAUUUCUAUGCUGGAAAGUUUCUGUCAGGAGAUCAAAAAUCUCCGGGACACCACGCCAAAAAAGCUCGAGCUCCUAAUGCAGCUUAUAACUUCAAAACUUCGGCCAUUUUUGAAAUCAACGCCUGUGGAAUUACCACUGGAUCCCGAUUUCACCAUCACAGAUGUCAUAUCCCAUGACUGUAAGGUUUUCAAGAGUUCCCUGUCACCGGUUAAAAUUGUGUUUGAGACUCAACAGGGCCAGGAGUACGCUUUAAUGUUCAAAGUUGGCGAUGAUUUGAGACAGGAUCAGCUGGUUGUCCAAAUUAUCUCUUUGAUGAAUGAGCUUCUGAAAAACGAAAACGUCGACCUCAAGUUGACGCCAUACAAGAUCUUGGCCACGGGCUCCAAGGAGGGGGCUAUUCAAUUCAUUCCAAACGACACAUUGGCUAGUAUUCUUAGCAAAUACCAUGGCGUCUUACCGUACCUGCGCACCCACUAUCCUCUCGCAGAGAACGAGCUAGGUGUGCAAGACUGGGUAAUUGAUAAUUUUGUCAAGUCCUGUGCCGGGUACUGCGUUAUAACCUACAUUUUGGGCGUGGGAGAUCGUCAUUUGGACAAUCUUCUGGUGACGCCUGAUGGCCAUUUUUUCCAUGCUGACUUUGGCUAUAUCCUGGGUCAGGAUCCCAAGCCGUUUCCACCACUGAUGAAACUGCCACCUCAAAUUAUCGAAUCUUUCGGAGGCGCAGAUUCUCAAAAUUACAACAAAUUUCGCAGCUACUGUUUCGUUGCUUACUCAAUUCUACGAAGAAAUGCUAAUCUGAUACUGAACUUGUUCGAACUUAUGAAGCCAUCCGAUAUUCCUGAUAUUAAAAUUGAUCCUGACGGAGCGAUGCUAAAAGUCAAAGAGAAAUUCUGUCUGGACAUGUCGGAAGAAGAAGCCAUCAUUCACUUCCAAAACCUCAUCAACGCAAGCGUUAACGCCCUUCUGCCACUUGUCAUUGAUCGUUUGCACAAUUUGGCUCAAUACUGGCGCGCUUGA